UUUCCUUUGCGAAGAAGUCACUCCUUCUACUCCUCCACACUCACGGCUGAAACAGGCAGUGCUACUGAACUUCUAGUCCGAUAUAUCAUGUCGGGAAGAGGCAGGAGGAUCACCGACGAAGAGAUAAACGAGCUCAUCUCGAAGCUCCAGGCGCUGCUCCCGGCCGAGUCCCGGCGCCGGAAUGCAGGCAGAAUGUCGGCGUCCAAGUUGCUCAAGGAGACGUGCAGCUACAUCAAGAGCUUGCACCGGGAGGUCGACGACCUCAGCGACCGGCUCGCCGGCCUGAUGACCACCAUGGACAGCAACAGCCCUCAGGCUGAGAUCAUCAGGGGACUGCUCAGGUCCUAAUUAGUGAUCUCUCUGCAGUGAUUAGGAACCACACAACUAGCCUUAAUUAUGAUUACUAUACUCGCUACGUACGUCAUAUGCCCUACUAGUUUAAUUAUCAGGAGAGAUCUGAGCAAGAUCCUUUUUUUUUUUUUAAAUUAUUAUUUGUAUGUGUUGAUUUCGAUCUGCAGCUUUAAUUAUGAGAUCUGAGGGUAGUUUUAAGUUUUGCUAGCUCUCCAGUUGCUUGUUUGUGCAGGUGUGUGAGUGUUUUCUUGUUUGUAGAAUAAUGUGUGUAUUAUACGUGUAGAAGAGGAAGAUAGAAGCACAAAUUAGUUAUGAGAUCCAUA